CCUCAUUUCCUGAAUUUGAGUACGGGAAAGCUUAUGGAAACAGCAAUGUACUCUUAGUAACGACCUCACUUUUCAUAGAUAUCCAUAGGAGGCAUCUGCGACAGCAACAACAACGCGAGGCGCCAUGGCCGCCUCCCUCCCCGCAAAGCUCAAGGCAAAUGCAGAUAUCGCCAGAUUCGCCCAGAGAGCUGCUCAGUUAGAGCAAGUAAAGCCGGCGAUCGCGUACUGGUGCGAAUACUGGAUUGUCAACCAGCUGAUUGCCAGAGGACUCCAUAACACCGACUCAGAAUGCCUUCAAUAUACGUCAAAGCUGAUGGACAAGCUGGAACAGACGAAGAGUAAAUAUGCCGACGACGAUGCCAUAAUAGACGACACCGCCGGUCAGGCAUACGUGGAGCAAUUCGGCCUCGAAACGUUUGAACGGGCUGAUCGAGCCGUCCAAGCCAACAAGAUUACAAAGCAAACCGCAGAUACCUUCCUCGCCGCAUCUACAUUCCUUGAACUCCUGAACAUAUGGGGCGAGGCAGACCAAGAAAUCCAGGCCAAGCUCCGCUAUGCGAAAUGGAACGCGCUCCGUAUCGUUAAAGCCAUCAAGGAGGGCAAAGAUCCCAACGAAUCCAACCCAGCUCCUGAGCCUCAGCCGGAGGAAGCACAAGGCCAAGCCAGCGAGUCCGAGUUGCAACAACUGGGCGACAAUCAGUCUCAUCCACCACCACCGACGGCAGAAGAUGCCCCAGAUGAGCAGGAUUUAAUGUCCCCUCAUCUCGCUGCACAAUCGCUGCUCAACAAAUCCCUCCACCCCUCUCAAGAACCCUCGCGGCAAAACACACCACCAACUGCCUCCCAUCCCGGCCCACCACCUCAACUCUUCAACCCGUCCGCCUCCCAAACCCUGUCUCCUAUAGCCCCCUCUCCUUCCGCCGCACCGAAGGACCGCUCCGGAUCCAUAGGCGGCGGAUACUUUCCGGAAGUUCCAACAGACACCCGUGAUAUACCAGCUGUGCCGACAACAUUCCCAACUCACCUGUCCCCCACCAAAUCCCCGAAACCCAGCGUCAUCAGCCCACCCCACGAACAGUCUACCUUCCCCACCUUCCCUACCGUCGACUACACACCUAACACAGGACACACAGACCAAACCAUCGAUUCCUACUACUCCCAAUCGCCGCCUCAGCCACCAGCACCAGCACCACCAGCGCAAGCAGCUUACAACGCGCCUCCCGUCUCCACGAUCGCUGCGCCAGUAGGGUCCACACUACCACCACGACCUGUUAGCAGCGCGCCUCGACCGCAGGCAGCUGUGGUGCUGGAUGAUGUGGCGGUGGCGAAGGCGCAGAAGCACGCGAGGUGGGCGAUUAGCGCGUUGAAUUUCGAGGACUCGGAGACGGCGAUUCGGGAGCUGAGGGCGGCGCUGGAGACGCUGGGUGCGCAGUAGAUUGUAGUGUGGGGAGGAUGCUUGGCCUAUUUUUUAGUGGGGGGAUGUGGUGCUGGAUGAUGUGGAGGUGGCGAAGGCGCAGAAGCACGCGAGGUGGGCAAUUUGCGCGUUGAAUUUCAAGGACUCGGAGACGGCGAUUCGGGAGCUGAGGGAUUGUAGAUAAAGCGCGAGAGUCGAGAGUCGAGAGGAGGUAAAUUCUAGGAUGUAUACGGUGGAGAAAAUAAUUUACGAGUCCUACGAGUUGAGAUUCGGCGUGCUUAUGUAUCGUUCCAGUGACAUCGACCAACAAUCACCCUGCCUGGGUAGCUCAAUCGGUAGAGCGUGUGACUCUUAAUCUCAAGGUCGCGGGUUCGAGCCCCGCCUCGGGCUCAAAUCCCGAGUUUCUCUACAGAUUCUCUCAUCAUCUUUUUGCAAUUUUUGUUUUUUUUUGCAUGCGACGUGUAUGAAUGUAAUGCGAAUAGUAUUAUCUAAUAUUUUGUCGUUGUGGUGGUGGGUUGGUGGUAUGAGAGGAUUGUGUGUUUGUGUAAAAAUCGCAUGGGAAGUUGGUUGGAUGUAAUUUUUUAAAGGGCAAAA